AUGAAAGCAGUUGAACAGGGACCUUCGUCUAACUGGCUCGCCCUGCAGAAGAAGUUACCAGUGUCUGGCAAGAAGAACGACGGCGUGUCUGCCGCAAGUGCGAGGAAACGGCGGAAGAUCGGGCACACGAGCAAUGCCGAUGGUGAAACUGUGGAGGAGAUUCGUUACGCAGCGGCGGGAACAUCAUUUGCGCGCGGUCGUACCCAAGAACAACUACUGGAGCUGCCGGACUCCGUAGUCAACGGAGAGUCUCUGUCCGCACUACGCAAGAUGAUCUCAGGCGAGCUCGAGUAUUCUUCUGCCCACCAACAACCUGGGAAAUACCUCGCACUUGAUUGCGAGAUGGUGGGCGUCGGGAUCGAGGGGAAGGAGUCUUCACUUGCGCGCGUUAGUCUUGUGAACUACCAUGGAGCGGUACAGCUAGACGUCUUUGUGCGCCAGCGGGAGCAUGUUGUGGAUUAUCGGACGGAGUUUAGUGGCGUGCGUGCGAGUGAUAUGGUCAACGCAAAGCUGUUCCCAGAGGUGCAAAAACAAGUUGCAGAGUUGCUGAAAGACCGUAUACUAAUAGGACAUGCGGUUCAUAAUGAUUUGAAGGCUCUUCUACUACCACAUCCGCGUUCCCUCACGCGCGACACCCAGGUAUAUGCGGCAAAAUACAAGGUCACUCGCAGUCGGCGGAUAGCGCUCCGACAUCUGGUCCAGCAGGAGCUCGGUGUGAUCAUCCAAGGAGGCGAGCACUCCAGUGUCACAGACGCGAGGGCAACUAUGGCAGUAUUCCGUCUUCAUCGAAAAGAAUGGGAGAAGGGACAGAGACCAGACGCUCUCCCUUCCACCACGACUCGCUCGACGGCUAAACGGAAACGAGCGCCCACCGAGGGGGAAGAUUCUGGGUCAACUGCGUCGCCCACUCCUUCAAAGCGGAAGGUGGAUUCCCCGGGAGGCGGGAGGAAGGGCGUAAGUUCCGGACUGUCGACGAUCGUCAAGAAGCGCGAUAAAGGACGCGAGGUCAUGACGAAAACACGAAAUACGAACAUCAAACGCGACGUGGGCUCUAAUACGAAGGGUAAAUGGUGGAAGGAGCUUGGUGUUACCUCGUCAAAGGGCUCGAUAUCGCUCAAGGUUGGGAGGUAG